AUGAACCGAUGCCGGCCGCCCCCUCUCGUGAUGCACCCGGGCACGACGAGCAGCAGCCCGUACAGCAGCGAGGAUUUCCGAUGUGGGACGACGUCCUCGUUCUCGUCGCCGACAGGCGUCCGCGGGUUUUCGGCUGGCGACCUCGCCCAGUCUAGCGGCAGCAAUCCGUCUCCGCAUCCUCUGCAGACCUCUCAGUCCAGCGGGGUUGACAGCGCAGAGACAUCCGGAUGGAGCGGCGCGUCCACCCACAACAUUCAGUGGCCUGGCGCCCCCACGCCGACUGCUGCGGCGCGCCUCAGCUUCUCGCCUCUCCCCUCGCCGGCUCCUCUGCUUCAGCCUGCCUCAGGCGCCAGCUCCACGCAAGGCCCUGGGAGCGGCGCUGCGCAGGCCAGGGAGGCGCGAGUGCUUCCCUCUACGCAUCCUCAGGCUUCGAGGACGGCAGCUGCUUCGCUCGCUGUCGCAACCAGCAGUUCGCAGCGCACGCCGCGUCCGCGCCAGUCGCCAGGAUCCCGCGGCAGCCAGGAGCGUGAAUCGAGUUUCGCUCUCGAGGAAGCGUCUCGCAGAGCGCUCACAUCUUCGAGUCAUGGGUCGCUACCACGCGUGCGGACUGAUACGCCUCCGCGCGCUUCGGGCUUCGUUACGGGGGGCUCGCUGCGUGAGUUUUCGUGCGGUUUCGAGGGAGAGGACGCGCACGCGAGAUCCGGCGGCGGCGCCGCUGGUGCAGCAGAAUUUAGGACGCCGAACGAUCUCCAGGUCGCACAGAGCCAAGGCGCCCGCGUCUCGCCUCGCGGUCCGUUUGCGGGCCUCUGUUCCCCCCCUUCGGACCUGCGGUCUGCACUCGACGCCGCGGCGCUGUCGUCCUCCGCCGUGGAGCAGAGUGGAGGCGUUGCAAAGCCUCGCUGCGCUCCGGUCGCGCCGGCGCUCCCAUGUCCACGCACAGGGUCGUCGCCUCCUUCGCGGGACGCCUCCUCGCUGAGGAGGAGGUCUUCGUUGGAGGAGAGAGCGGAGGCCCCGUGCGCUGCUUCGCCGUCGCGGAGCCCCUCAGUCCCGGAGCUCUCCCCCCCCGCAUGCUCAGAGGCUUUUACCAAAUUGUAUGGAAACUCUACGUCUCGGCCGACCCACGCCACCUGUCCUCCAGGCGUCAGCUGCCGGCGCUCGCCUCAGCCUUCACAGCCCCCCCCCUCGUUCUUCUCGGCCGCCGAGUCCUGCCCAAGACGCGCGUCCCAGUUGCGCGUGCCUUCCGCUUUCUCGCUGUGGCGUGGGCUGCCUGACUUCCGGCAGCUCCCCCCGCCGGAGGCGUCGCCCGACGGUGCGAGGCCGUCGCUCUUCCUCGGCGGGGAGGCGAGUUCGCUCGCUCCGCCUUCUUCCUUCUUUAUGUCUCACCGAGCGUUCAAAAAAGCCUCGUAUCGCCUUUCCGCCGUCGCCCUGGACGGCGUUCAGCUCAACCCCCAGUCCGAUGUCCGCGACGAAGAGGGCUCCCACAGCCAUCCGCGCGAGUCCCAAGCCUGCCCCGAGAAGCAGCCCGCGCCUCGCCCUGCUUCGUCCUCUUUUUCCUCUCCUUCUCUGCUUUCAUUUGCGGGGCUCGACCCCCCGCCGGAACGCCAGUCACGCGUCACACACUCGCGCUUCGACGCCUUUUCUUCAGGCGACAGGGGUGCGCUGAGAGCCACUCCGCCACAGCCUGAAGAAGGCCAUGGUCGCGGGGCGCGGAAAGAGGAAGGCGACGACGGGGAGCGAAAGGCUGCGCGCUUCCAGCCUCUUCGCCAUCGCUCGGUGAGCGUCCCAGAGGCGUUUGCGCGGUCGCCCUGCGCCUCGCUCUCCGCUUCUACUCGCCUCCGCACAGAGAGCAGUCCGCGCCAGGGGGCGGAUACGCCCGAGGACGGAGGGGGACAGCCCAGGCGAGCAGACGCAGAAAGGAAGCGCGGGCACGGCGCGUGCGACUGCGGCCGCGCCGAAGGGUUGGUCGCAGAAGGAACGCGGAUGGCCGGAGCCGCCUCCGACGCAGACAGCCGCGAGAGGAGGGGCGGAGACCCCCUCGCAGGCGCGCCCGACCCGCGGAAGGAGCCCUCGAGGAGAUACGAGGGAGAGAGGCUAGACCUGGAGCGAGGCGGAGACAGCCAGCAGUUCGACUUGGGGGCGCGAGGCAAGUUCAGCGAGUGCAGAGAGGAACCAGAGGAGUCGGAAUCCUCGACGCGCGCGAGCGGAACUGGCAGCCACCGCGAGCACCCGGAGGCGAGCAUGGGGGCCGAAGCUUCUCUGGGCGAGGAGGGACGCGAGAAGGGAGCUGAUGGAGACACCCAGGGCGCCAGACGCGAGCCGACUUGCCUGCCGCCUCGCCGCUUGACGCACGAGGACCUCGAUUGGUCGCGGAGCCGCGACAUCGGCAGAGGGCGCAGCGCCCACGUGUACGUCGUGCCGCACAAAGUCUCAGACACGCGCGUCGCCGUCAAGGAGGUUCACGUCGGCUGCUUCGAUCUCUACCGGGGCCUGGACGAAGUCACGAAGCGAAACAGAUAUCAGCUGGCCUGCGAAGUGAAGGCCCACCGCCUGAUCUCGUAUUGCUCCGACGUGGCGGCGCUCGCCUUCCGCCCUCCGUCGGCGCCUUCGCGGUCUGCGCCGCUGGAGUCCCCUGCCCUCGCUGUGCCGCUGGCUCUCGCUUCCUCGUCUUCGGCCGCCGACCCCGGUCGCCUCGCCCUCUCGACGCCCGGGGGCGCCUGCACGCCGCCUCCUCCGUCUUCGGAGAGCCCCGCGGACAAGCCUCUGGCUUCGCCCGCCCGACAAGAGGCCCUUCGCCCGCCUUCCUCCGCCUCGUCGCCCGUUUCUGCUCCCUCUGCGCCGGAGUCGCUUCCGGCGGCCUCGCCGUCUCCCUCGUCUCUGUACUCCGGCGGCGGAGGCGACCCGCCGCCUGCGCCGGGGGGGAUCUCGCCGCCCGUCCGCCUGUCGUCGCUCUGUUUCCUCCCUUCUUCGGACUCGCUGUCGCCGAGUCACCCCUCGAAGCCUCUGCUCUCUUCGUCUUCCUUCUCGUCCUCGCUCCUGCCGCUGACGCCCUCGACGAUGCCCAGUCCACACCUGCUGCCGCCCACUCCGCUUCAGAGCACGCAGGUGGGCGCGCUGUCGCCCGGCGUCUCUUCGUUCUCCGCAUCCUCCUCAAUUCCGUAUGCCUCCUCCUCGCCCUUCGCAGUCUCCUCGAGCCCCCACAGCGGCGCGCUCGCCGCGCCCGCCGCCGCUCCCGCGGCGCCUUCUGCGUUUCCUUCGCCUGUUGGCGUUGGCUCGGCGGCCUCGCCCGCGACGCUCGCGUCCUCCGCGGCGGCGCGCCGUCGCCAGAGUGCCUCGACGGAGCGGGCCUCCGCGGUCCAGCCCUUCGCGCUCGCCGCGCCGCCCCUUUUGGCCUCCGCGCCGCCGCUGCCAGGGGGCGCCUGCGACGCCUCCUGGCUGCGGGACGACGCGCCGGCUGCCGUCUCCACGCCGACGCCUCAGUCCCCCGCCCUCACGUGUGCUUCGCUUCCUCCUGGGACCCAGCCCAGGCCGCCCGGUGCGCCCUGCUCGCAGAGCGAGGCGGCCGCGCCGCCGCCGCACUCUGCGCAGAUUCCCGGCGCUCCCGUUCUUCCUUGGCGUUCGUCCUGUUCGCCCUCCGCGUCUCGCGACUCCGAGGCCCUGCCCCCCGCCGCCGCCCAGGAGGCGCUGGCGCGCUCGCCGUCGCUCUCGCCGGCGCUGCCUGUCUGCUCCGCUUCGCCCGCGGCGGCGCCCAGGGCCUCACCGCUAUCGGGCGCGCUUCCAUGCUUUCUUCUCCCGUUCCUCGGCGCGUACCGGUGGAAAAGCAAGCGAGGGGGCUGCGUCCACGUGGCGCUCGAGUACAUGGACUACGGCACCCUGAGUGACUUGCUGAAGACUCUCAAGCGCCUCCGCGAGUCCUUCGUGGCGGGCAAGACCAGCCGCCGGGCGCUUGCGGGAUUCGCCCCGGGGUUCCGCGCGGACGCGCGAAGGAAGAAGGACGAGGACCGCGCCGCUCAGGAAAAGAAGAGAGAGGAUAGCCGAAGGUGCCCAGAGGAGCCGCGGGACGACGAAGGCUGCGAGACGGACUCCCCGAAGAGCGUGAUCGCUCAUGCAAAGUCGCAGAGAGAUGCAGGUGGCGUGGCGGGGGCUCCGGUGAGAGUGGCGAUGCACCAGACAGAGAGAAACCAAGAACGAAAAGACACAGGCGCGGUCGCUGGAGGCGGCGCGGCAGGGCGAGAGCUGCAGGGAAGGAGGAGGGAAAGCGGCGGCUCUCAGGACGUGCAGGGAGAGAUGGGCGAAUGCGCCAGGCGGGCAGAAGGCGAGCGAGCUCAAGCGGCCGCUGCACCAGCGCAACACAAGGCGAACGAGCGCAUGGCUCUCUUGAUUCCGCCGUGUCAUCCUUCGCCCUCCUCCGCGUCCGCUCGUCCUCGCGCUGCCGAGGGCAUGCAGGCGGAAAGCAGCCGCCACGGCUCAGGAGCGGAAGAGAGUCUCGGCGACGGGCCGCGAGGCUCCGCGAAGAGGGAAGGCGAAGCAGACGCGUGCGUCCCGCGGUGGAUGACGCGCGAGUGGUGCGAAGCCCGACAGAAGGAGUGGGAGAAGAGGAAGCGAAAGAAGCAGCGACGGACAGAUCUCUUGUUUUCAGAGAGACGCGCGGCGCAGGAGAACUCCGCGGGUGUUCCGGAGUCGAUUCUGAAGCUCAUCGCCUUCCAGAUCCUCGAAGGCCUCGCGUUCCUUCAUCAGCAUCGGUGCCUGCAUCGGGACAUCAAACCGCAGAAUAUCUUGGUGAACAAGGAAGGCAUUGUUAAGGUCGGCGACUUCGGCAUUUCGCGCUUCGUGGACCUGGAGAAGCAGGAAGCUCUGACGUUUGUUGGGACGGAGCUUUACAUGAGCCCCGAGCGCCUUCACCAGCAUUUCGGGUCUGCGCAUGCGUCGUCGUCUCGCCGGCGCGCGAGAGGCCAGAGCUCCCACAGUCUUCAGCCGUCCUCUACGCCCUACCCGCUGUACUCGUUUUCUCCCCCGGCCGCCCCCACUGCCUCUGCGUCUUCUGCCUCUUCCUCCGCGCCCGUUCUGCAGGCCCUUCCGGCGGACGUGAAGGCCUCGCCGCCGCUCCGAGGAGACUCUGGGGCGGCCAGAGGCGAAUCGCUGCCUCUCCUCCCUGUGCAGCGGCCCCCGCGUGCGUCUGAGGGAGGAGUCCUAGCCUCCGCGGCCCGCGCGGAAGACUCUGAACAGGCUGAAGCAGCGCCGCGAGGAAGCUGCCAGAGCGACGCGCAUGCGAAGGGGAGAAGCGAAAACGGAGACAACCCGAGGGCGAGCCCCAGCGCGUGGAUCGCGGGCGCGUCCGCCCCCGCCAGGGGGGACAGCGGGCGACGAGGAACCGAAGAGAAGAGACAGGCCGCCCCAGACGACGCAGGGGGGGCGUCUGCACGAGACCAGACGCGAGCCGAAACUCCGCGUGUGGCUUCGUCUCUGGCGGCCAACGAGACUCUGGCGAGCCCUGCGCUGCCCUUUGGGGGCGGCGAGGAGGCGAAAGGCGAGCUGCGCUCGAGCCCCCGCGACCGGCGCGUCCGCGGCAAGCAGGACGGGAAGGAGAAGAAGAGAAAGAAGGUCGAGCGGAGCAAGAAGCGAGAGCUGUUUGCGGCCAUGGAGGAAGAUGAGCAGCACACGGGGACAUAUUCGUUUCCGUCGGACAUUUGGAGCGUUGGCAUUCUCCUCUUUGAGCUCGCCACGAUGCAGCACCCCUUCCCCGACGGCUUACCCUGCGACCUGCGCGACAGCCACAUCCUUUCGCUGCUUCAGACGCACCUUCGCGGUACGCAACACAGGCGGCGAAGGAGCUACGAGUUUCGAGACUUCCUCUUCAGCUGCCUGCGAGUCAAACCGGGAAAGCGCGCCUCCGCCGACUCUCUGCUGCUCCAUCCCUGGCUCCUCGAGGGCAUGGCGUCUCGCAAGCACUUCAAAAAGUGGAUUGCGCAGGUCUACCGCCGGGCGCCGUCGCUUCAGCACUUCGUCACGCCUGGACUGGGGGCGGGCGGAGUGAGGAGCCGCCUGCAGGAGGACGGCGAGAAGAAGGUCGAGAACAGACUCCAGAAAGCGGCGAAAACGGGUGAUGCGACGGCGAGGGAACGCGGAGAACUGGGGCAGGGCGAAGAAGGCCGAAGGGAGGCGCUGACGGAUACGGGAGACUUGGGGGCACCUGCGGAGACGCUUGAAGCGAGAGGAAACGCGGCGAUGCAGCGAGGCGCCACCGAAGGCAACGCGGGAGCCGUGGACGAGUCCAGCGGAGCGCACACAGGAGGUGAUACAAAAGGACCUCAUGCUUCAGAGAGGACAGCGAGCGAGGGGGAGAGGACAGCGAGCGAGGGGGAGAGGACAGAGACCGAGGCCGAGCGCAGGAUUGAAGACACAGGUGGCAGCGGCAGCGACGCGGACGCCAGGCGUCCAACCAAGAUAGAGGCGAGAGGGAGGAUUUCUUUCUCGGCUUUCGUCCAGUACGUGCCUUCGGGGGAGAGCUCUUGCUCCGAGUGUUCCUCGCCUCGCUCGCGCGCAUCUUCCUCUUCGGUCUCCUCCUCGUCGUCCGAGACCUCGUUCGCCUCGUCGCCCGCGACCUCGUUCACCUCGUCGCCCGCGACCUCGUUCGCCUCUCUGCCAUUCCCGUUGGAGGCGCCCAGCCUCCCGGCAGCAGCCCCCGAGGCGCCGCGCGGACUGGCGGCUGACGGCUCGCGCUCCUCUGAGGCUCCUUUCGCCUCACCUGCCUUUUCUGUCGCGUCUUCUUUUUGGUCGUCAAGCUCCGCGGCGUCGUUCCCGGCGCAGGUCGUCGCAGAGAGCGCGCGCGGAGUGGGCGAGCGGGGCGUCGGGCGGCGCGUGGAGACUCGCAGGGGGUCUCAGCCCGAGCGCUUUGAGGGCCUUACCAACGAAGCGGAGAGACACUUGCUGCACCGCUGCGUGCGUCGAGACGCGCCCGACUUUGUCUUCUCGCUGACGCCUCGGGGUGUGUCCCAGCUUGUUGGUAGGACCGGCGAACUGUGGAACGGCGAGGCGCGCGACGAGCUGCCGCGCGAGACGAAGGAGCAGCGGUUUCUGCGGGCGCCCUGCGGAGAUCGACGACGCGAGGAGGCCAGCAGCAGCUCGUCGUGCGCGCCAAGUCCGCUGCUACCGUUCGAAGGGGACUUGCAGGAACAACUGAAAAGGUACUUCUCCUCCUUCGCCCCGCCGGCGGCUCCGUACCGCCGCGACCCACGCGAAGAACCGCCCGCUUCCGCCUGGGCAGGCCCCAGCGCACGCGAGAUCUUCGAGGGCAGACUCGCCAGCUUGCCAGUCUUCGCCGGCUCGCCCGCCCGAGCCUCGUCGCCCUUCGUGUCUCCUUUCUCCGCGCCCUCCGUCUCUCCGUCGCCCCUUCCUCCUGUCUUCCCCUCGAUUCGCGGGUCGGCCUCCGCGUCAGCCGCUGCCACCAGGGCGCCGCCCUCGCCCUUCGCUUCGCGACACUGUUCGCACGACCCGCGAUUCGUUUCGCCCUUGGCCUUCCCCUCGCCCGUCAGCAUGGGGACUUUGUCCUCAGGCCGCUCUUUGCUGGCGACGUCGCCGGUGCACCACCCUGGCUUCAGAGACUUCGCGCCGUCGCCCGUGAGAGGCGCAGCGGAGCUCGGCGGAGAGAGAGAAAGCUCUCGAACACUUUGA